AUUGCAGUUUUAGUCGACAAGGUGUCGCAAAAUGGGUUAUACGCUCGAUUCAAAGAACCCAUCAACCUGCACAUCGUAUACUGCACUAAAUCUCGUGUACAAAAGAGGAAUAAUAAUAAUAAAUAGAUGAUCUCUCGACACGGCAAGAUAUCACACAUGAAGCAGUAUACACAUCCACUGGCGGGUAUAAGGGUUCGAUUCCCCUACGAGCACCCUUAUCCUCAGCAACGGGUGAUCAUGUGUCGGCUAAUAACAGCAUUGAAGCAGCAUAAAAAUUGUCUGAUCGAAUGUCCGACUGGGACGGGCAAGACCCUUUCACUUUUGUGUGGGGCGUUGAGUUUUGUUGAGGAGCAGAAACGCCUUCGGGAAGAGGCGGCGAAGAAACUAUGUUCGUCGUCGAGCCUAACGUCAGCUGCGCAUGAUCACUCUGCUCUUCACAUGGGAUACACACCAACUUCUAACGAGGAUGUAGCGGGAACUGUGUUGGACAUGUACGAAGAUUUAGAGAAACAAGAUGAGGUACGUGGAAUAGUGAAAAUUCAUGCGCCAUCAAGCAGAAAAUCGCUUCUCAAUGACUCUUCAAAAGUCACUGGUGUCCUGAAAGCCAAGCUGAAGGGUUUAGCAAUCGAGGAUAAGAGAAAUGCGGAUCAGCUUCCUAAAGUGCCGAAAAUAUUUUAUGGUACUCGAACGCAUCGGCAGGUGAGUCAAGUGGUGGCCGAAUUUAACCGGACAGACUACGGAAAAAUGCGCAUGACAAUAUUGGGCAGUCGAGACCGAAUGUGUAUCAAUAAGAAAAUACUCCGAAGGGGCCAUGGAGAAUCUGGUGAAGUCAGCGUUAACGAGGAAUGCCGAGCUCUUAUGAAGCUUGCCCGCCAGGAUCAAGGGUGUAUCUUUUACUCACAACUUCAGAAGGUUCCACGCUCCGUAUACCCAACGCUGUUCGGUCAGGGCCUUGGCGACCCAUGGGAUAUUGAGGAUCUAAAGGGAGUAGGCCAAGAGCGUACUCUCUGUCCAUAUUACUGGUCUGUUCAACUGGCAGAGACGGCAGACAUCACUUUUUGCCCGUACAAUUACAUUCUUGACCCCACAGUGCGAAAGGCUGUGCAGAUCAAUCUAAGUGGGAACAUCGUUAUCCUCGAUGAGGCUCACAAUAUAGAAGACAUUUGUAGAGACUCAAUGGAGUUGGAACUUAACCUCUCAGAUGUUUUAUAUAUAGAAGAGUUCAUAGAAACGGCACUGAGGAACGGUAAAGAGUCACGUGCCAUGGCACAAGUACUUCCUACUGUGGGGGCGCUUAAACAUGUUUUGCUUAACGAAAGCGCAGCGGCCACGUUAACAAAACCUCAAGUAUUCGAUCAUGAAAAGCUGUGCGGAACGCUCGAGAUUGCCCAAGUUGGUCCGAUGACGUGGUCACGGACCAAAAAAAUCGUUGAAGAACUUUUGAACGCGGAUGACGAUAUCUCGUCUCCAGCCACUGAUAGUGGUAAGACUUCGGAGGGAAUACAAGAUCUUGACGCAAGAUGUAAAAGCGUUUUUGGAGCUCUCGCAAAUACGCUUGAGCAUCUUUACAAGAUGGAUAUGAAGUACACGUCAUGUUUUCGAGCGGCUGUUUUAAAAAAAAUCCCCAAAGACAAACAUAAAGAACUGAGUGGCAAGCCUGAGGUGACCUUGAACAUCUACUGCCUUAAUUCGGCUGUAGGUUUGGUAGACAUCAAAGACACGCUGCACUCGCUCGUGAUUGCGUCUGGAACCCUAAGCCCUAUGAAGUCGAUUCAAUGUGAACUUGAUGUGCCAUUCCCAAUAAGUAUUUCGUUAAAUCACGUUGUUGCUGAGGGCCAAAUAUUUGCAUGUGUCUCCACCCGAGGGCCGGAAAGGGUGGAGCUAAAGUGUGACUACAAAAAUAGCAUGGGCUUCACUUUGCAAGACGACCUAGGACGAGCUCUGGUGCAAAUUUGUUCAAGAAUACCGAAUGGAGUACUGUGUUUUUUUCCCUCAUACAGUACAAUGAAAAGAAUGUGCGAGCGGUGGCAAAUCACAGGCACAUGGUCCAAGAUGGAGCAGCUAAAGCGAGUAUUCGUUGAGGGUCAGUCUAAACUGCCUGAAAUGAUGCGAGAAUAUUAUGAGGAAUCGCUCACCCCGCAAGGCGCUUUGCUCAUGGCCGUUUGCAGGGGCGGUGUUAGCGAAGGUGAGGAUUUUCCUGAUAAAUUUGCACGAGCUGUUGUGAUUAUUGGUCUGCCGUUUCCAAACAUUAAAGAUAUUACCAUUAAGGAUAAGAUGGCGUUUAACGAUCGUCGUCACCGGCAGGGCGAAGAUGUCAUGACGGGGCAGGAUUGGUAUAGCGCUCAAGCAUUUCGUGCCCUUAAUCAAGCGUUGGGCCGGUGCAUCCGGCAUUCGAACGACUGGGGCGCAAUUAUUCUACUGGAUAGCCGCGUUUCAUACAAUGCGCGAUAUAAAGAUAUGCUCUGUCGUUGGGUUCGAGAUCGUAUUGUAGAGGUGAAUGAUUUCAAUGCCUUGGACAAUCGUCUCGGCGAAUUCGUUCUAGAACGUAGGGUAGAAAAUGAAAUGGGCGACACGAGUCAUUCAAGGAAUUUAGAGAGCAGUUGCACAGAACGGGAACUAACGAAGCUGCAAAGCGGAUUAGGAUUAAGUAGGUCGAAGAAUGUUUGUUUAUCUGACUUGAAUAGCAGCUCAAGCGGCAGCGAAACGCCUCCUAAGCAAACGUAUAAAAUGUUUCCGAUUUUUCAAUUGAAAAGAAAAAGGCGUUCGUGCGAGAGCUCGGCUACAGAUCGCCGCGCUGUUGGCGAAACAUCGGCGUGCUCCAAUCGAGAUUUCGAAAUGCUAGAAAUCAACUCCCAGAUUAGAAGUGGGCCCUUCGAAGUUGCUCGGUUGAAUGACUCAAAAAUGCCACGAUUGAGUAUCACUUCGAUUGUCAUCGAAGAUUCACCCGCGAAAUAUCCCGUCUCGGCAGCUUCAUCAGCAAGUGGGUCCAUAACAUCCAAGACAAGUAAUGAGAGUGAGGUCGAUAAUGAUGAUGACGUUUAUAUUACACAAAGGCAUUCAAGAACAAAUGAAGCAACAAAGAUGCGUAUUGCAACCCAGAACGAUGGCGUGGAUGAUGAAAAUUCCUCUGAUCUAUUCUCCGACUAAUACUGUUGAACCUAACUAGAAUUUACAUGAACAUGUGGGACCUUCCAGUCAAAUAAAAGAAAAUAGGUUUCUAAAAUUCUUUUUCAUCGAUUACCAUCGUUUGCAGUGUAAAGCGCUUUUUGGCAAAUCAUUGCGUUGUAUAGGAUGAAGAUGCAUCUUUGUUGACAUUUUCAGACCAUACUCAAAAUGUGUUUGUCUGUCCCUGUGAACUUAUUUGCGAUUCCGUCGAACACGUUCACCGGGCACCACGCGCGAGUGGUGAAUAAAUUCUGUGUUUAUGAACGACAUUUUUUUUUUAUCUGAUGUACUUGAACUUGGGUAACAAUGAUCUUUGGCUUAAACGGCCAAGUCCCUGGUCGGAAGGGACUAGGGAUUAUUGCUGGAAGUCCGAUCAGCGACAAAUAGUACACAGCCUGUGUGAAUUGUUUUUUCAGUAUUAAUCAUUUUGAGAUAAACUAUUCCUUCUGUCUAACACUGAGGGAAUAGAAAUUUAUAUCGGUAGUAAUAUAUGAGUGGCUUGAGCAGUUCACCUUCUACUACAAUGCAAAUAAUGAGUCGCCGAUCGGAAUCACUUUUUUGCUAUCGUGUCCUAGUAGAAUCUGUAUCGGUUAGAUUCAUACACAGAAGUGAGGAUAUCCAGUGUGCAAAGGGUUAUAUAUAACCAACAUGGAUGUCAAGAGCUGCAGCAUUACCGUAAACAUGCCAGUUGCAACAGGUGAGCGGAAGAGUCGUGACGAAAUAUAGCGCUCUAGUCUUAGAAUGCAGCACAGGCUAUGGCGGGCCAAAUGUAGAACUGGAAAAUUGGGGUGGUUUUUGGGAUUUUCUACAAAGUUUGAAUGGUCUCGGGUUCGACAUGGAAGCGGACACUUUUAUUUAGCACAAUAAUCUUAGAGGUCCUACAAUAGUAAUUCCUAAAUGUAUUAUGUUAAAUUUCGAUAUCUUUAUAGGAAUUAAUGUAAUUAAAGCAUUACGAAAUAAUGCUUUAUAACAUUUGUCUUGAUCAAAUUUCUUUUUGUAUAAAGUGUAAUAGCGCGAUGUUUACAGCUUUAAUUAACAAAAAUAAUUUCAUAAACCCUUACUCAUAUGUAAUAUAUGUAUAUAGUAUUUUCUAUGUUUAAAUUUUAGAGAGCUUUUGGUAUUGUACUAACUGCUUAAGGGUAACCAAUGUUCUACCGCCAGAAAUGACCAUGUACAUAUAGUAGACAACUUAAUAAAAACAUUUGAGUAAAUUGUUUGCUUACUUUCA